AUGACUUUUAACAAUUUUGAAGGAUCUAAAACUUGUGUACCUGCAGACAUCAAUAACGAUGAAGAAUUUGUAGAAGAGUUUAAUAGAUUAAAAACUUUUGCUAAUUUUCCAAGUAGUAGUCCUGUUUCAGCAUCAACGCUAGCACGAGCUGGUUUUCUGUAUACUGGGGAAGGAGACACCGUGCGGUGCUUUAGUUGUCAUGCAGCAGUAGAUAGAUGGCAAUAUGGAGACUCAGCAAUUGGAAGACACAGGAAAGUAUCCCCAAACUGCAGAUUUAUCAAUGGCUUUUAUUUUGAAAACAAUGCUGCACAGCCUACAUUUUCUGGUGUCCAAAAUGGUCAGUACAAAGCUGAAAACUAUCUGGGAAACAGAAAUCAUUUUGUUUUAGAAAGGCCACCUGAGACUCAUGCACAGUAUCUUUUGAGAACUGGACAGGUUGUAGAUUUAUCAGACACCGUAUACCCAAGGAACCCUGCCAUGUGUAGUGAAGAAGCUAGAUUAAAGUCAUUUCAGAACUGGCCAAACUAUGCCCACUUAACCCCAAGAGAGUUAGCUCGUGCUGGACUCUACUACACAGGUAUUGACGAUCAAGUACAGUGCUUUUGUUGUGGUGGGAAGUUGAAAAAUUGGGAACCUUGUGAUCGUGCAUGGUCAGAACACAGGCGACAUUUUCCUAAUUGCUUCUUUGUUUUGGGCCGGAAUAUGAAUAUGCAAAGUGAAUCAGAUAUCAUGAGUUCUGAUAGGAAUUUCCCAAAUUCAACAAAUGCUCCAAGAAAUCCAGCCAUGGCAGAUUACGAAGCACGGAUCAUUACAUUUGGGACGUGGAUGUACUCAAUUAACAAGGAGCAGCUUGCAAGAGCUGGAUUUUAUGCUUUAGGUGAAGGUGAUAAGGUAAAGUGUUUUCACUGUGGAGGAGGGCUAACUGAUUGGAAACCCACUGAAGACCCUUGGGAACAACAUGCUAAGUGGUUUCCAGGCUGUAAAUAUCUGUUAGAAGAGAAGGGACAAGAAUAUGUAAACAAUAUUCAUUUAACCCAUUCAAUUGAGGAGUCUCUGGUGGGAACUGCUGAAAAUGCACCAUUGUUAACUAAAAGAAUUGAUGAUACAAUAUUCCAAAAUCCUAUGGUACAAGAAGCUAUACGAAUGGGAUUCAGUUUCAAGGACAUUAAGAAAACAAUGGAGGGGAAAAUUCAGACAUCUGGGAGCAACUAUAAAUCACUUGAGGUUCUGGUUGCAGAUCUAGUGAAUGCUCAGAAAGACAAUACACAAGAUGAAUCAAGUCAGACUUCAUUACAGAAAGACAUUAGUACUGAAGAGCAGCUAAGGCUCCUGCAAGAGGAGAAGGUUUGCAAAAUCUGUAUGGAUAGAAAUAUUGCUGUCGUCUUUAUUCCUUGUGGACAUCUGGUCACUUGUAAACAGUGUGCUGAAGCAGUUGACAAGUGUCCCAUGUGCUACACAGUCAUUACUUUCAAGCAAAAAAUUUUCAUGUCGUAA